GGAACGUUUCGCUGCUCGGUGUCAUCCUGCACCUUCAGCACGGGGACACCGAGGGCAGGCAGUGGCCGUGCCCUGUGCCAGCUCCUCCUGCUGCUGCCUCGCAGCCGUGUGUCCGAGCUGGGCACAUCCAGCCAGCCCGGGCAGCUGGAACCAGAGCAGGCAGCACCUCCUGCCCUUCGGCAGGGCAAGACCCAGCCCCGGCGAUCCCCUGGGAGCCUCCCAUGUGGGGAUGGGGAUCUCAGGAGCCAGGCCCUGUGCUGCCAGCUCACGGCUCCUUCUCCCUCAUCAGCCACGUCCAGGGCCCAGACAUGAGCUCCCAGGAAACACCACAGGCCCGGAGGUUCCCCAUCGAGGCAGGUGACUGUCCCAGCCUGGCCGCGGCUCCAGAAGCUCAGGAGCCAGUGGGUGCCGAGCACUCUCCCCACAGGCAGCUGCGGCGAUGCCCUGGGAGCCACUGCCUGACCCUGCCCUACGUCCCCAUUGACGUCUUCCUUGCCAUGGGAGGGAACUGCCGGCCACGCGCCACCUGA